ACUGUGAUGGUCGAUGAAGCUGAGGAGAAGCAGAACAAAAACCCAGUUGUUAAAUUGUGGCUGGACGAGCUUCAAGAUGUUGUCUACCAUACAGAGGAUCUCGUGGAUGAGAUGUGCACUGAAAGUUUAAGACACAAGUUGGAUGCUGAAUCUCAGACCAAGUCAUCAAGUCUGGAAUGGAAUAUAAAGGUGAUAAAAAAGAUGGAGGAGUUGCUUGACAGGUUAGAAUUCUUUAUGGGGCAAGGAGAUGCACUUGGUUUGAAGGGAUUAGGAAUAAUAUCUGAUCCACAAAAGCGUUUUAGCAUGCCCAUAACUUCAUUUUUUUUGGUAGAUGAUCAUGAAGUGUUUUGUAGAGAUGCUGAUAAAGAUGCUAUUAUUAGUCUUUUGCUGUCUGAUGAUGUAAAGAGUGAACAGUUGUCUGUGAUCCCGAUCGUGGGCGAGGUUGGGGUUGGUAAGUUCACUCUUGCUCGGCUGGUUUACAAUGAUUGCAGAGUAAGUCAACAUUUUGAGAUCAAAGCUUGGUACCCCGUUAAUCAUAAGAUGACAAAAGCAAUUUCUGAGUCGUUUAGUUUGCAGUCUUUGCAAGAGAGCCUUAAGGGAAAGAGAUUUCUUCUUGUUUUGGAUGAUGUGGGGAGUUUUAACUAUGCAGACUGGGAAUCCUUACAAUCUACUUUGAAAGGUGUUGCAAAUGGAAGUUGUGUUAUUGUAACUACACGCGAUUCAGAAGUUGCAUCCAAGAUUAGCACUGUAUGUACUUAA